AUGUGGAAGGGCUAGGAGGUUGUGGGAGGGACAGAAAGGGUAAGAUGCCAUACAAGGGACAGACAGCGUUAGGUGAUAGUGCUAGGGUCAGGAAGGGGGGAGUUGGAAAUGCAGAAGGAAGGUAGGAGAGAAAGAGCUCGAGCUGUAUGGAGCUACGAAUGGGACUGCACCAUAGAAAAGGGCACAAGAAAAGGAUGAUGCCAUGAAUUUCCAUGAAAAACAAGGCAGGGAAGGGAAAACUCUUGUGGAAUAAUGCCCCUUCAUAAAUGGCACAGAGAGGGUUGCCCCAGGUGGAUGCAAUGCUUCAGCAACGGAAAGCUCCUGGCUCUGGGUCAAUUCUACUGCUCACCAGGACAGCUUGAUCUACAAGAAGAGAAUUCAAGUACUCAGACAGGCCGUGGAGCCCACUCGCAGCCGUGCCCUCGGGCGGCAGCAGGCGGCAAGGGCCCGGGCCGAGCCCUGCCGGGGCACGAGGCCGUGUGGCCACAGGGCUGGCAGCGCCCGUGUGGGGCAGCUGUGCCGCUGGCGCCCUGCCACGCUCUGUGCUCGCAAGGAUGGCCGGGCGCUACCUGGGACGGCAGCAGCACAAAGAGCUCCGGAUCAUCUGCAGUGCCCUUCAGGAUAUGACAGAUGACACCAGCCCUGCCAUCUCAUGCCUGGCCCUUCAAGCUCUGUACAUCAACAGAGCUGUACGGAGCAUUGGCUCCUCCCGACUCGAGCGGAUGCAAAAUCGACUCCGCCAGCUCUGGAGGUCACGGCCCUCCCUGCGUGGUGGUGGCUGCUUGUCCUGCCGGAGCGCUGUGGAGAACUGAUGCGGGAGGCGGCAUCUGCUGGGGCCAUCUGAGCCUGCCGGGAACACCUGUGCUCUGCAAGCGCUUCCUUUCACCCCACUGUAGGAAUGUUAAAUUGCUGUUGUCAUACACAGAGAUGCAAGAGCUUUCUUUGGGCGCCCAGAGUCUUCAGGCCCACGGGGAAGAGAGGAGAAAGGGUGCUUGUGCUCAGCAAGUUGCCCAAGUGUGCGGUGUGGAAGGGAAGGUGGCCAAAACCCCCUUGGCCUUUGGUGCUUCUGCUGAAGCCUUAGGGCUUGUGACAGAGCGGGUGGGCAGAGGCCGGAGCUGAGGCGGGGAUCCCUGAGGAGAGACUGGUGCCUGGAGAUGGCCACCACCCCUCUCCCAGCCAGGAUGUGCCAUCUGUGCCCUGCCCGUGUAUUGCUGGCUGGAUUGCUGAGGGCUCUGAGGUGCCUCUUGUUCCGGCUCCUCCGGAGCUCCUCCAGCAGCCAGGCAGGCCUGGGGGUGGCCUGGAGGGGACGGGACGCUGGGAGGCCACGAAGGGAUGCGGUGCUGCGAAGGCCUGACCGGAUAAGGUAGUGGCAAGGCACGAGGGGCAUGCGUGUGGCAGUGAGUGGUGGGAGGCUCUGAUGGGACAGGAGGACUUGAGUGGAUGGCUUGGUGGGAAGGCCUGAGGAACUGGGGGGCAGAGGCCGUAAGCAGCCCCCAGACAGCCCCAGUCUCCCCGCCAGCCGGCUGCUCUGGCGCUUCUUCGAGGUGUGUCUCAUGCCUGCGGCAGAAGCCCUCGAGGCCGGGCCCCAGCAGGCCCGUGAGGACACCCCCUGGCCUGGUGCCCAGGCUGGUUUGGCUACGGACAAGGAGGGCAAGCAGGCCCUGCUGGGGCACGGCCACUGGCGAGGGCCAGCGGGCAGAGCCGGGACGGGCGCUCAGCCGGAGUCCCCACAGCUGCGAGGCCACGGCGCUGCGUGGCCCAGACGCCCCUGGCACAGAGCUCUGGGCCCGCAGAGCUGCUGCCACCACGGGAUGGGCGAUGUCUCCUUGAGCUGGCCUGCGGAGUCGCUGCUGUCGGCACGGCUCUGGACACCAAGAAAAACAAGCACCAGCGUGUGUACAGGAAGAGCAGGACCUAGGAGGGCUGUAUCUCCUCAGCAAGGCACCCACACCGGCCAGGAUAGCAAAAGAGGGGGAUGCUACGGGCACAGUUUUUUCUAUCUUGGCAAAGCCAUCAGGAAAAGUGGUCACCAUGGCUUUCUCUUGACUUGCCAGCCUCACAGCAACGUUUGGCAGCUUCAGCUGCAGCCUGUCCCCCUGACUAACUUCAGUGGUUGUGCUUGAGGGCGGACUCGCCUGCCACACUUGCGUGUCCCAAGGCAGCUGCAUUGGGGCCAUCGUUAGAGACUCUGGUGGGACAUGAGCCCUGGGCUGCAGCAGCUGCCCUCCAUUCAGGCAACUUUAAAAAAGCCAGUGUGAGCUUCUAAGCUCUAAUCUCCCUCAGAGCAAAGGAAGAAGCCGCAGAUGCUGAAGAAAAGCAGCAUUCGUGUGGCUGAGCUUCAGGGCUGGAGGGAAGUAAGCACUUUGGUGUCUGCUGAACAGAUGGCCCAGCUCACAUGCUGAGGCUCUGCUGAUAGAGGAUUCUGCUCUGCUCCUGUUGGAGGCCAUUCCCUACCAAUGCAUGGCCCUCCACUGUUCCUGGAUCAAGCCUUCUGGAGCCAUGGGAACAAGUGUGUUCUGUGUCCUUCCAACAGCAGCAAGUGGUAGGACACGUCUGCUUCCAGCACUUGUCUUGGCUGUUCCUUCACAGUGCUGGCACCAUCAUCAGAGACACAGAGCACAUUCUCUCAUCCCAGAGUUAUCCCUAUCUUCUGCACUUGCCCAGGUUCUUCCUCCCAGGUUCACCAGGGAAAAUCUCUGCUCAUUCCUGUCCAUUCCCUUGCCCAGCAGGCACCCAGCUGUGGUUGGACGCGAGCUGCUGGCCACAGGCAGGCACGCAGCAACCAGAGCAUUGGGCAUCAGAUGCUGGGCUGAUGGUUUUUUCUCCAGAAAGCAAGAAAAACAGUCAGAAGAACACAAGGAAACUCGAUCAGAUCUCUGUAAGAAUCUAAUUGUCCUGUGAAAGUCGUGAGUGGAUGGUGGUUUUGUGCUUGUCAAGAUAAUCACUUCCAGGCAAAAAUCAUUCCAGGAAGGAGCAACAGCUGACAGACACUGAGUGUUGCCACCAAUUGCUCCAGGUGCCUCCUGCCAACAGCCCCCUGCAGAAAGGAGCACAGUCAGCAGUGUGGGUGCGCUUUGGCUGUCCUCUGGCAGAAAAGUCCCCUGGGUGGCACAGCAUUCUGUGGCAGGAAAGGGGCACCCAGCAUGGGCAGGGCUCGGGGGCUGGCAGGUCUCCUUUGGCAGGGACUCUGCCACACCUGCUGAUUUCAGUGCUCCCCGGGCCCCAGGGCUCAGAGCAGCAUUCGUGCCCUGGGCCACACGCCCCGUGUCUGUGUCACAGCCCCAUGACGGCCACCCACCACCGGGGCUUGUCCCAAAGAGGCCGUGGCAGCUCCUGUGCAAGGCCCCGGUGCCCUUCCUGCUGCAGCUGCGUCGGCGGCCCUGGGGGCUCCUUCUGCUGCCCUGAGCCCGAGAGCAGGGCAGCAUCUGCUUGUUGUUUGAGCCGUUCCUAAAGUUCCUGUAGGGCCGUCUUUGACAUCUGGGGCAACGUCUUCCUUGCAGCUGGGGCACUUUGGGGGGUGGGGUGUGCAUGCGUGCCCCCAGGGCAGGUGGAGGUGUGUCCUAGGGCUCUUUGUGACACAGUGCAGCGUGGGCACCGUGGAACGUAAAAGGAUGGAGUAUCACAAGGGUGACCCUUUGUGACACGUCAUUGUGACACAGGUGCUGGCGGUGGCACAGCCACACCACAGUGCUUGGUGCACGCAGUGGGACAGAGCAGCGCCGUGAGGAGCCCCCACACAGGCAGCUCGUCCUUUGCUGACCCAGAGCUCUUCCAAGGCAUUAGCUCUGCAGGUGACCUCGAGGCCAGACUGAGGGACUCUGUGACCCAUAGCCUUCCCAUGCUUUCUCUUUUGCAGGUGUCCUCAAGACCUGUCUGUGGGACUUGGUGAUCCAGCGCCUUUAAAAAUGUCUCCCAUCACUGUGCCAGGAGGCCUUGAGAGCAGACUGCAGGACUUUCUGUCCUGUAGCCUUCCCAAGGCUUCUCUAUUGUAGGUCCCUUCAAGGCUGCAUUUACUGACCCAGAGAUUUUCCCAGACAUCUUUCACGCAAUUAGCCAUCAAUCCUGACAUUGACAUGGCAGAGAGAUCCUCCAGCCUACCCAAGAAUGUGGGAAAAUUCACUUGUGGUGCCCCACCACAGCAACGCAAUGAAAUGGAGCAGUUCCAGCUGCUGCAGAAGGAUGUGCACAAACAUCACAGGCACUUGGUGUCGAGAGAUGAUCACCAGAUUGACCACGGGUGUGGCAGAGCCUGACCCCACGCACACUCCGAGCAUAGCUUCUGCUCCCAGCCUGGAUCUUUUUGGGGAGAGAGUUGUCUCCAGUCCGAGUCAAGUGCCAGGCUUUGUUAGGAACAUGCACCAGAGGUUCAUGUCCGAUGUGCCUCCAGACGACAGGCUGUUCAUGGACAUCCUGAGGCUGACUGAUGCACACCCCAAUGACGUUGCAGUGACCCUUCUGCGCUGUGCCCCAUCAUGUGACAGAGGUGCUGCAAUCAUGUGGAAGACCAUAGCCUCAUCAGGAUCAACACUGGACAAGGUGCUGCCAACACUGCUCUGUGUGAUGGAGGACUGGCCACUGCACAAAAUGUACACCUCUGAUGGGGACAAUAAGGAUGUAUUUGCCCUGGCUGGAACCAGGAUGGUUUGGGAGGUUCUCCGCCUGCCCUGGUGUCCAGAGCCAUUUAUUGAAUAUUCCCCUCAUCUCGUCGUGGCUCUGCUCUUCCAAGUUUUCAUCAGUACAGAGCAGAUAACAGAGGAUAUCAAUACUUUCUGGAGAAGAUGUCAGGAGGAACAAAACCUUCCCACUAGCCUCAACAGGUUUGCAGUGAACACUUUGAAGGCACUGUUCUACCGUCUGCAGUGUCUGGAUUUACUGGUGGCAAUGGAACGCAAAUGUGGCUGGGACACGCUGCUCUGUGCUGACACCCACCACUAUGCAGUGGGUCUGCUGGCCAGACAGAUGCGCCGUGUCUCCAGAGACCUUUGUUCCUGCAUUGCACUCCGCCUGCUCAGGCUGCUCAGCAGGGAGGAACCACACUGGGAACUGCCUGCUAUGGCGUUCCUUGUGGAGGUCCUCGACUGCCUGGACUUCAGUGAAUGGGGUGACAGCAUCCUGGAGAUCAUGAUGCGGCACCUGCCGAGCGAGUCCAGGGAGAUGCGUCGCCUGGUGCUCAGAGGCCUCGUCAUGCUCAGCAACGAGCCCUCGCUGGCCAAAAAAAUGUGCAGCCUGUCUGCAAACCUUAUGGAGCUACUGAGGAAUGAAGACAGAGAGGUGGUCAGCAUGACCCUCUCUGUGUUCCUCAACCUACUCCUGAACAAAGACAUCCUAGUAUCCAGCCCCACGGCCCCGAAACUGGCUGAGGCACUCCGUCCGCUCUUUGACAAUGACAACAGACAGGUGCAGCUGCUCUCCAUUCACCUCUACAAAGAAGUGAUGGAAUCGGUAGUGGAAAAGGGAAAAAAGCACCUGAAGAUUCUUGUGAGCCAGAGCCUGCUCCCACUCUUCUUCAACUGCCACGAUGGGAACCAGCAUGUGGCAGAGGCCUCUCGGAAGACGCUGCUUAGAGCUGUGAGCUUCCUGAAGAGGAGGGAUCUUGAGCGGCUCCUGAAGAUGAAGGACCCGUGGAGCUUCGGCGAACAUGUGCUGGCAGAGGACAGGAGCCAAGCACCCGAGAACCUGCGGCAGGCUCUGCCGUACCUGGAGAGCCCACAGGAGCCCGUGCGAGAGGCGGCCAUCAGGUGCAUCGGGAUCGCCGGCAUGCUCAUGAGGGGGCAGCAGGAAGAGCUGCAGCUCAUCUGUGAGGCCCUUCAAGCCCUCAGAACAGAUGACAGCCCCUCCAACACAAACCUGAUUGUUCAAGUCAUGUUGGAUGAAAGAGCUGCAGUACUAAGUUCAUCUUCUGGAUCAAAGCAACCAGGACAGCAACAGAUGCCAUGCAAGAGGAGAUCACCUGGAGAGCAGAGGAAACCAGCUGGAGCUCUAGGCACAGCUGAUGCUGGGCACACCUGAGCGUGCCUGGAAGGUCGGGGUAGCUCCUGGCCUCCCAUUCCCGCUUUACUGGUCCUUCCCUGCAGCCCUCAGACCUUACCUGUUCCCUUCUCCUGCUCCCCAGCUCAUCCCUCUGCUUUGCAUGAAUAAACAUUUCAGCUUCUUCACCUUAUUUGUAUCUUUGUGGA